GGGCGGGACUCAGAUCCAGACUCAGCCCACAGCGGGUGUGGUUUAGUGAUGCAGCCGGGUCUGGAGCGCUGCUUCCCGUCCAGCUACCGGCAGAGCCUCGUUGUUGUCCCGUCCUGUCCGCUCCGAACAUGAGGAUCCGACCGGUCCUUGCCGCCGUGCUCGUCCUCUGCGCGCUGCUGUCGGUGUCCGGCGCGGCUUCCCGCAAAGGACCGAGGGUCACCGAGAAGGUGUUCUUUGACAUCACGGUGGCGGGUCACGAGGUGGGACGCGUCGUCAUCGGCCUGUUUGGAGAGGUCGUCCCUCUCACUGUCAACAACUUCGUUGCCCUGGCAACAGGAGAGAAAGGUUACGGCUACAAAGGAACCAAGUUCCACAGAGUCAUCAAGGAUUUCAUGGUCCAGGGAGGAGACUUCACCGCUGGUGACGGGAGCGGAGGUCACAGCAUCUACGGAACCGUGUUUGCAGAUGAAAACUUCAAACUAAAGCAUUUAGGAGCUGGUUGGGUGAGCAUGGCCAACGCCGGUCCCGACACCAACGGAUCCCAGUUCUUCGUGCUGGCCGUCAGGGCGCCGUGGCUGGACGGGAAACACGUGGUGUUCGGCAAAGUCCUGGACGGGAUGGCCGUGGUCCACACCAUCGAGCUGCAGGACACCAACGACAGGAACCUCCCGCACACGGAGUGUGUGAUCGUCAACAGCGGCAGGAUUCCCGUCAAGGAGCCGUUCGUAGUGGAGGUGGAGGGCUGGUGAACAGAUCCCAGAUCAGAAGUCAAAUAUUUAAGCCACUAAACGCCUGACCUCCAUCAUAAAGUAGCUUUUUCAGUUUAGUGAAGUUAUUAACUGUAGCCGAUGAAAUCGUCUGUGGGACAAGAAGGGAAGUCGACAAUGAGACAUCAGACAUUUGAUGGGUUGAUGCAGGUUCUGCACAAAUCUGGACUAGAGUCAAACAACAUGUCACACCAUCAACUAUGACACAGACCACUCCGAUUAAAUCACAGAAAGGCUACGUGAUGGAUUCAUCCUGUGAAAGGUGCCGUGAGAAAAACCAGAGCUCCUCAUUUUCACUUGUUGCCAAACGACUUUGACUUUCUAUGCAUCUAGAAAAGUUUGCACACGUUCAUUCAGCUCCUGCAACAAACAACUGUGUUUCCUUCUGAGACUGAAUUAUGCUUCCGAACAGGCGUCGCCCUCAGCCAAUCAGCUCACAGCGGGUUUUAGGUUUACAUGGAGAAGCAUCAUUUCACUAUCUUUUCUGUUGCGUUUCAAACCAAACAUAUCAGCUUGUUCUGUGUUCAAUGACAGCUCUAUUUUCUACAAUAAACAGUAGUCUGGUGUAAAACA